AUGAUACCUGAUUGUGAUGAUUUCAUCACAUCUAUUCGGAAACGUUUGAGCGCGGCAUCGGAGCUUAAGGUAAGCAGCGCGCAUUCCAAAGUAUUUUCUGCCAGCUGGGGUUACCUCGGUCCCCCAAUUCUUGGUCUUACUACGAACAACUUUUAUACAUAUUCCGCAUUUGGUGUUACUCUCAAUAACUUCUACGCAGUUGCUUACCACGUAUGGGUUGUAUCUGGAAAUAAACAAUGGAUUUUACGUGCCCAAUAUGCCUCAACAUCCUGUUCCGACCAGUUUGCCUUCCCUGCCAACAUCAGUUUUGCAAGGACUGCAUAG